AUGUUAGCAACCCCGUCCUUUGUCCGAAAGAAGGAAUCACCUUCCUUUGCGCUUGGCCACCGUUGGAUCGCCCACGGUCGCUUUGAGAGCUGCGCCGGCGGUGAAUGGCAGGUUUGGAGAGCUUUGAGAUAUGUGUGGAUGGUCAUCCAACGGUGGCUGACGAAGGAAGGGGAACCCUUUUGUUCGCGCAAAAGAUGCGACUGUAACAGCCCUGUCCCGUUAACAACUGUCAAGGCCAAAUCCCGCCCGAUGCCAUCUCACUGUGUCCUCUGGAAACCUCUCGCCUCCACUCUCUCUUCCUCCUCCUCCUCCGCCUUCGCCGCCACCGCCCCGAUUACGUCCCCAUAUACCCGCCGCCGACCAUCUCCGACGCUCUCUCGUCUUCCUCUUUGGUCUCUGAGAAGACGCGCUGCGUCUCAACCCGCGCCUCGCCUUCUUCUUGCGGCGUCUCUUCGGGAGGAGGGAUGGGGGGCCAAGCGGUGUCGUAUCUCUCCCAGAAAGAUGUGGCGGAGACUGAGCGUGGCCACCUUGAUAGAGGAGUUAAUGGGGUCCUUAUCCGAUCGCAGCGUUGACAGGAUAAGACUUGCUUGCAGCUACUUCACACGCAAUCUGUGGCUAAUAGUUUUGACUCUUACAAAAUUAGGUCAACCGAGGCCACCUUUUGAUGAUCUUAUCCAAAGGCUUGGUUCACUGAGUGAUAUUGAUAAUGGUUCGAAAAGAAAAUUGCCAGGUAUACCAAUUAUGGAGGCUGAAAGGAUCAAGACUUAUCUGAAAAUCCUCAUCCCUUCUUUUGUACUGGAAUUCUUUUAACCGCCAGGCUAGAGUAGAAGGCGCUGUUCAAAAGGUUCUGAUGAGGAGUCUGAAAGGUACUUCCACAGUUGUCCUCGAGAACAUCUGCUUUGUGCAAUAGCUAGCAAUCAGGUUGAAGAUUGAAUCCUAGAAACCCUCUGUGCGCUCACGUGCACAUGGAAGCACAGAUGUAUGGAUGUGUAUAAGAUAAAUGCUUAAUCCUAUUUUGACUGUAUGGAAUACAAACUGUGCAUUGUGCGCUUUCCAAAAGCAUGAUGUUGACAAAGAUAAAUUAUUCUA